GAGAAACAAAUUUUCAUUGGCCUGGCAACCCUGAUUUCAGCUGUCUGUAAAGUUUUGCCCAAAAAUAUUUCAAAACAUUUUUUCCCCAGGAAAAUACGGGCAACUUUGAGCCGGAAUCUAUGAGCUUGCUUCACCGGCACUUUGGCGCGUCCUUGAAGGGCAUUUCCCGCAUUUUUCACCCACUCUUAAUAUCAAAAAACAACCAACAACUAAGACAUCCCUUUGAAACAAAGCGAUUUUUCGCCGGCAAAAAGAUGGAUUUAAAGGAGCUCAAGUACCUUAAUCAAAAGGAGGCCAUCGACGUGGACCAGGAGCUCUUCACGGAGUAUAAGUUCAGUGUGGAUCAGCUGAUGGAGCUGGCGGGAUUGAGUUGUGCUCAUGCGGUGGCCAAAUGUUUUCCUGCGGAGAAGCAUCCAAGAAUCCUGGUUUGCUGUGGUCCUGGAAACAAUGGAGGCGAUGGACUGGUGGCCGCCAGGCACCUCUCCCUAAUGGGCUACACACCCACCAUUUACUACCCAAAGCCCACGGCGAAGCCGCUGUUCGAGAACCUCAGCCAUCAGUGCCAAUUGAUGGAGAUUCCCAGCGUGAAGGAGUGUCCUUCGGUGGAAUGUGCCUCUGGUAGCUACGACCUCAUCCUGGACGCCCUCUUCGGGUUCAGCUUUAAGCCACCGGUUCGCGCGGAUUUCGCUGCCGUCGUGGAACUGAUGCAGCAGACAAAACUUCCAAUUGCCAGCGUGGAUAUUCCAAGCGGUUGGGACGUUGAGAAGGGAAAGGUGACUGAAUGCGAUCUGGAGCCGAGUCUUCUUAUUUCCCUGACUGCUCCGAAGCUUUGUGCCCGUCACUUCCGUGGAGAACAUCACUAUUUGGGCGGCAGAUUCGUUCCGCCCGCACUGCAACGCAAAUACGAACUGAAUCUGCCCGCUUAUCCAGGCAACGAACUCUGCGUCAAGCUGUGAUUUAUAAAUUUAUACGAUGUCCAAAUAAAUAAUGGACUCUAAAAUUACGAA